CACACACUCGUUACAGAUAAGACAUUGGCCAGAGAACUUCAUGGCCUUAUUGCAAAGCUCGUAUGCACGAGGAAUAGUUAGCUAGCAGCAUGAACACAAAAAUGAAGUACUCAAGAUGCAAUGUGGUCGGCUGCACAGAUCCUCACAGAUCUGUACAUAACCUUCCAAUCUCAGAAGGCACAAGAGGGAAAUGGGUGGAUUUCAUUUUUGAAGGCAAUGUCCCAGGAAAAAUUGGCAAAACUUUGCUUGUGUGCGCAAACCAUUUUAAAUUGGAAUGUUUUACUAACCUGGGCCAAUUUAACAAUGGACUUGCAACCAGAUUGACCUUGCAAGCCGGCUCCUUACCAUCUAUCCGUCGCAGUACAGACAAGGGAGAUGCAAGCACAGCUAGAGUACAUAACAAGGCCUGCCAAACGGAUCAAGCAAAGAUGUGCACAGUUGGCACGCAGCUUUGUAUGAAAACACUGCGGCCUCACUACAAAAGUACAGCAACUCAGACUCCUGCAGUGACGCACAUUUCCCUUGACGAGAGUGUGGACUUUAUGGCAUCCGGUGCAAAAAAAACAAUGAGAAAAUCGAGAGACUCCAAGUGUGUUUCUUCCUUCAUGCUGAACAGGGACACCUUAGUGUCGGAGGCUGUUGUGCAGAUUGCCAGCCUGCUGCAGCUGUUCCAGAGGUGCUUAGGGUGCUGCAGUCAGGUGUGCAGGAUCACCACGCGCCGCGACGGGCCCGUCCUCCACGUGGUGCAGCAGUGUUGGACGUGCCGCCACCGCAGAGAGUGGGCCAGCCAUCCCCCAGACCACCUGUUCACAGACAGUCACCAGGCAGCAGAGGAGUCAGUGGAACGGUCAUGUGAAGGCAUUGACAUAGAUAUGGAGGAGGAGAUGACCGAGGAGGAGGAGGAGGAGGAGGAACAGGAACAGGAGGAACAGAAGUCAAAGAGGAAAAGGAAUGACAGUGACGCUGAGUGGGCUCCGAAUAUUGAAGAAUUCGUGCAGAUGUCGGGCGAGGAGUCUGGUUCGGAGGAGGAGGAGGAGGGCAGUCCUUUGUUGUUGGCGUGGUGCCGUGACUGUGGGGAGGAGUCCAGCACCUGCUGUUCCGAGCAGGACCACCGUCAGCUCUACUGCUGUGUUCAGUGCGGCUACAGGGAAGACCACCAAGGUCCUGCCUGCACAGAUGGCCAAGAAACCCAAAACAUGGACAAUCCCAAAGCCCCCACUGCUAGUAAUGAUGUUAGUGAGUUGAGCAGCAGCAAAGAACAGGGUUCUGUGAACAGCAGCGCACAAGGAGUCGACACAACUGAAGGCCAAGAAGACACCAGCAGCAGUGACCAGGACAACAACACUACUUCCCAACUGGAGUCCUCCAACAGCUGCCACCAAGAGGCAACAGUCUCCAAGGAGACGCAUAACAUUCCAAUGUUUGCCAUCUACUUCAGGGACCUGUACAGUCUACAGAGUCAUGUGGAGCAGUCCCAUGGUUUUAAACGCGAGCUCUGCCCAGACUGUGGGAAAUUUAUCAUCAGACGGGACAGCAGGUGUUCGCACGUCUGCGAUCACAAAAUCAAGCCGUUCUCCUGUCUCACCUGCGGCAGGUGCUUCACCAGUCCAGCAGGGCUGCACAUGCACUCUCAGGUGCACACCGAGGGCCAUGCGCUGCCCUGCCGAUACUGCUACAAGACAUUCAGGUUUCAGGAAGACAAGCUGAGGCAUGAAAAGAUCCACUUGGAGGAGAGGCUGAAGUACCGCUGCCCCGACUGCCCCAAGCGAUUUACGGACCGCUACAGUCGGAGCGCUCACCGGAAAACUCACUGGAAACAUGGCAGGUUCUUCUGCAAAGUUUGUGACAAGGGCUUCGCCGAUUUCGAUCACCUCAAGAGACACGAGGUGGUGCAUACCGGCCUGAAGUCCUACACCUGUGAGCAGUGCGACCGCUCCUUCAACCAGCCAGGAAACCUCAAGUCCCAUAUGCGCGUCCACACAGGGCAGAAACCCUUCAAGUGCCAGGACUGUGGGCAGUGCUUUAACCACAACGUCAGCCUCAAGAACCACAUGCAGCGCCACCACAGACCCAAAGGGGAUGAAGGCAACCUCCUCUUCCACACAUUCAGAUCCACAAGAGACAUUUGAUCCAGGUGCUACUGCCUCCACAUUGUUUCUGGUUGUCCUGACACAUGUGAAGAGCCACUUCUGGGUGAAGCAAUGGUAGCACUGCCCAAGUCUCCUCCAGUGUGUGUGUGUGUGUGUGUGUGUGUGUGUGUGUGUGUGUGUGUGUGUGUGUGUGUGUGUGUCAUUGUUUAAGGCUGUGUUGAGGUUGAGGACAACUGUUUCUGUAAGGUGGGUUAGUUAGCAGGUCUAUCUCUCUCCUAGUCUCAGCCUUCAGCCUCCCCCACACCCAUCUGUACUGCCCCUUCACACACAC